GCGGCCGCGCCGCGGCUGGCCGGGGGCGGCGGCAUGAGGAGCCGCUGCGGCCGCCGGCAGUGAAUGGGCGUCGCGGCGGAGCGGGAGGAGCCGGAGGCGCCGCUGCCGCGAUGGCCCAGGAGAAAAUGGAGCUGGACCUGGAGCUGCCGCCGGGGAGCGCCGCGGCCCCGAGCGACGGCGGCGGCCUGAGGAGAUCGAACAGCGCCCCCCUCAUCCACGGGCUCAGCGAUAAUUCACAGGUGUUCCAGGCUAACGUUUUGCGAACCCGCAGGAACAGUACCACAGUUAUGAAUCGUCAUAGUCUGUUUGUGCCAUCAUCUCCUAUCCGUAUUCCUAGCAGCCGUCUUCAUCAAAUCAAACAGGAAGAAGGAAUGAAUUUGAUGAACAGAGAAACAGUACGUGAAAGAGAAGUGCAAGUAGCAAUGCAGAUGAGCCACUCAUGGGAGGAGAGCUUGAGCCUGAGCGACAAUGAUUUUGAAAAAUCAUCAUCACCAAAGCAAGUAGACUUUGUCCCAGUUUCUCCAGCUCCUUCACCUACCAGAGGAAUAGGGAAGCAAUGUUUCUCACCAUCUUUGCAAAGUUUGGUGAGUAGCAGUGGAUUACCUCCAAGUCCUAGCCCGAGUCCAACAAGGCGAUUUUCAAGCAGGAGAAGCCAGAGUCCAAUUAACUGCAUUCGACCAAGUGUUCUUGGGUCAAUAAAAAGAAAAGGUGUAACAGAGAUAGAAGAUCAUCCAAAAAGAUUAUUCCAAGGAUCCACCAACAUGCUUACCCCUGAAGUUUCACAUCAGGCGGACCUUGGGGGAUGUCUGUCGUCACAUGCUCUUGAUGACAACAGAAGCAGCGCAGGCUCUUCCUGUGACUCACCAGCUGAAGUCGGCACCAACACAGACUCUCCAGUCUCACUUUCUGACUCCAGAUCUCCUUUUUUACCAGUAGAUCUUACAGCUAAGUUACCUAUUAAUUGAGAAGCAGAAGUCUGCUAAUGGACACCAAGAAACAGGCUGGAUAUCAAUAAGACUUUCUGUUGUGUGUAACUGAUUCUGUUCCUCAUAGGAACUUCCAGAAAUGUCAUUAUUUCUAGAAAACUUCCAGAAUAGUUCCUUGAGGAGGAAUUCACGUUUCUAGUGAUUUGUAUGACAUUUACUAAAAUACAGUAAGCAUUUGAAUUGCAAACAUAUUUGAUGCUAACAUCAGUAAGCAAGCUGUGGAUUUACAACGGAUAUUGUCUUGUUGGCAUAAGUAACAAAUACUGUAUGUACAUUCCGCUUGUGGAAGACUUUGCUUUCCAUCAGCCAACAGGCAGUGUCCUCACUAAUGUAAAGUGGUGCUUAUGUAGUAACAGAUACCUUUCACAUUUGUCCUCAGUCUGAAACCAAUGAAGCAGCUUACUAAUUUGUUUUUAUUCCCCGAGUGCCAGAUAUUUAUAUUUUUUGUUGUUCAUAUGAAAAUGGGAAUAUUAGGGGGGGAAUUGAUUCUUGUGUUCUAUUAUGAUUGGCUGUUAAUCAGUUCUGUGUUCUAAUAGAUGUCAAAAGAACAAGUUGGUGAAUUGUCAACUUAAAUUUAUAUGUUGGGUUUUACUCAUGAUCAUGACUGCUGUUGUGACUAAAUCCAAGUUAGGUGUGGAACAUUCUUCUGGGGUUUUUGUAUUGUGGUUUUGGUUUUUUUCUUCCCCGUUUAGAUGAUGUAUUAGAGUGGUAGAUGCUCUGUUAAAGGUCUUCUAAUAGGGAAAAAUAGUAAUAAUGUUUGGAACAAAACAUUAAAUCCUGAGGUUUUAGUAUUUAGUACUUCAGAAGUGCAUUAUUUUAACAGACAGUAUUCAUCGUCAUAUAUAACUUUUGGACAAAUACAGUGAGGAAUCUUGAAUGCCUUUUUACAGGCUGAGGCGAUCAAACAUGUUUAAUCUGUGUUUAAUCUCCUGAUGUCACUUCCUUAAACAAUGGCAUCGAGUUAUUUCUGCUGCUGAAAACUUCAGAUGCUGAUUGGAAGCCUAGAAUUUGGUAAUCUGAGAUGUUUCAGGAUUCUUGUACUAUAUUUGAAAAGUCAGUGGGUUGAGGCAUCCUGAUCUCAACUCUGAAAUUCCCCAAACAAGAGGAAAAAUCUGCAAACCCCACCAUAGACAGCUGUUUCAGAUUUUCCAGUGGCAACCUCAUUUUGGUUGUUGACUCCUGUUACGCAACUGAACUUCCCCAGCUGGGUCCCCAUUUGUACAUGUGUAGCCGUCUGUACUAUGUGGUUUCAUGCCUUCUCUCCAGAGAGGUUAAUAAUGAAGCAAAAUGUUUUAUUUUUAAACACUAAAUCUUUGUAAUGUGUAAUAAAGUGAGAAAAGUAUGGAAACUUCCUCAAGUAGGAGAAAAGCCCACUGUGAACUCUGCUGUGAAAGAUCCACAUGCAUGAAGCUUUGAUUGACAGCAGCCAUCAAAAUUAGAAAUGGACAACUUGGGGUGCAAAGACCUGGUGACCUGAGGACCAAUGACCAGUUUCCGUAUGUCCUUACUGUAGAAAGAAAAUAGAAUGUAUUUAAUAGUUUUACUCGGUUCAAGUAAGAGGUGACAUGGUUUACUUCUGAUUUCAUUCCUCUUAAAUUAUUGUAAUAGUCAACUUACUGAUUGCAGUUCCUUUUUAAAUUCAGGCUGCCCUUCAUCCCUGUGGCAGAUGGACAAGCUUGUGUUUAAUGUCUGUUUGCUCUCUGUCUCAUGUGGCAUAGUUUCUUUUUGCAGUUUCAGGUAUGUGCCAAAGAGUUGCUGUGCGUUCACUCUUUUGCGGUGAGGGCGAGCCUUUUUUGUUUUUGUUUUUUUUUUUUUUUAAAUCUUGCUUAUUAAGAAUGAACCUCCUGGUGUCUCUUUCAGUCUUUUUUAAAAGAUGCAUCAGCAGAGGGGUUUAAUAGUUGCGUGUGGGUCAACUUGUCUCUUUUCUGUGGAAUAUUUAUGCUAUUUUUCAAAUAAGUGCCAAUAAAUGGAAAAAUAAAUGUG